AUGGAAGAGAGAUCAAAGGGAUUUACCUCAUUUGUGCGCCGCUUGCCCUCUCUCCUCACCUACAACUCUCUGUGUCUCAACGACUCCACCCGGCCAUCACCUCCGGAGACCUCCACAGGCGACAACUACUCUGUCUCCGGCUCGAUCUUCGCCUCCUUGCCUCUCUACCGCUCACAGCCUCGUCUCCGUCUCUCCGGCUUUUCUGGUGACCGUCUUGGCCUUGAAUAUGUAACAGGGCUUAAGUUCGUGAAAGAUAAAUCUGCCAAACUAAAGCAAGCUAGUAAAACAGAUCAUUGCGUUGGACUCAGUUUCAGGUGGGUGGCUAACCUCUACUUCCUUAUGAUAUCCAUUCUGUCAUGCACUCCAAUCAGUCCUGUGAGUCGGAUAACAAAUGUGGUUCCUUUGAGUUUGGUGCUUCUUGUUUCUCUUAUAAAAGAGGCAUGGGAAGUCUGGAAACGUUUCCAGAAUGACAUGUCAAUUAAAAUACUCAUGUAGACGUCUUUCAAGAUCAGAAAUGGAUGAUUGUUCCUUGGAAGAAACUUCAGGUUGGGGACAUUGUGAGACUUGAAAUACACACUUCCUCCUGCGGUCCAAUGUUAGUGGCAGUAUCCAUAAAAUAGUUUGGAGAGAUGUAAUAGUUUGGAGAUUGAAUCAAAAGUUAAAUUCCAAAAUUGCAUAUUUUGACUUGUUUUAAAUUUUCUACUUUGUAUUCAUGAAUGAGUUCUAUUCAAGCCUAUGAAAUGUGUAUAUGUUUUUUUUU